UUAAGCCAGACUGAUUCACAGAAACUCCUUUAAAACACAGGGAAAAGAAACCGCCCAUCACACACCCCAGCACACCAGCGGAGAAAACUUAUAACCUCGGGAGGCAGGUCCCUCCUCUCACUGCGGUCGCAUACCUCCAGAAGAGCGGACCAGGCAGCUGCCAGCUCGCGCCACUUAGAGUGUCUGCCUCUCAGCCCGGGAUCUCCAGAACUCUCUUCACUAACGCAUCACUAGAAAAGCCAAGAUGUUGGUAUUACUGGCUGGCAUUUUCGUGGUCCACAUCGCCACUGUUAUCAUGCUCUUUGUUUCCACCAUUUCCAAUGUCUGGGUGGUUUCUGAUGCCCUCAACGCAUCCGUAGGUCUUUGGAAAAACUGCAGCAGUGACUGCCUUGACCUGUCAUAUGGGCACGAAGAUGCCCUUAAGAGUGUGCAGGCCUUCAUGAUCCUCUCCAUCAUCUUCUCUGUCAUCUCCCUGGUGGUCUUCGUGUUCCAGCUCUUCACCAUGGAGAAGGGAAACCGGUUCUUCCUCUCGGGGGCCACCAUGCUGGUGUGCUGGCUGUGCAUUUUGAUUGGAGCGUCCAUCUACACUGAUCGCUAUGCCAAUAACAAUGAAACCUUUGACAUGGACACCCACCAUGGCUACUGCUUCAUCCUGGCCUGGAUCUGCUUCUGCUUCAGCUUCAUCAUUGGCAUUCUCUAUCUGGUCCUGAGGAAGAAAUGAGGCUGAACCAGCAUUGGGGGAUACCUGGGGGGUGGGGAGGAAGAAGCAGUGGAAUCUGGGAGGGAAGAGGAAGUCAUUGUGUAGGAAAAACCAAGCAAAGGGAGGGGUCUGGGGAGGGGGAAGGAAGAGUGGGAGAGGCCCAAACCCAAACCAUUCCUGGAGAGAUUCUCUACUGUCAAGCUGUGGCCUUGGGAGAGUCAUUAGCUUGUGCUGUGAUGCUCCCUUGCUGUAGCCAGAGAACCUCUGUGUGGCUACCAGACUUGGCCUCUGCUGCCCUCAGUGGCAUGCACGGCCAGAGUCCCUUAGCUCCCCGCUCGCUGGCUCCACUUCUGAGGGUGAAUUCUGGGUCAUGCACUGAGGUUUUACAAACUUACUGCACCAAGUACAGAUGGCAAAUAGUGGUACAAGGUCUGGCAAGAGCAGAUCCUGUCUCUGGGUUGACUGCGCUAAGCCUGGAAGCCACCCUGCCUUCAUACCCAAGGCAAAAACAUUACAGUCUCAAAUGAAGUGCCUAUAGGAGGGCUUUGGCCAGAGAGCCACUAUGCCUCUGUGGAAUAGAUAUUUAAUUCUGUGGAAUUCAGUAGAAUCUGUGACAAAAGGGGAAGCAGAGAGAUACUUUACAAGGCCAAGUCCACUGGUGGGUUAGCUAAUCCAAGACAGAGAACUUUUCCCCAUGGAAGGAGUGGGGCAGAGCAGAACCCAGCCAAACCUCACAGCUGUUCCUCACAGGGACCUCUUCUCAGGGGCCCUGUUAGGCUCUAGCUUACAGCCAAGGCAGCUCUUCUGGAGUUUCUCUAGAGCCACUAAUGAUCAAUUCAGUGGCAAAGUAUCACACAACCUGUAGGAUCAAGGCCCACUCUUACCAUAGCACUAUAUUAGGGUUAUGCUUUUUUUUGGGGAUUUCCCUCAAUGGCAGGCAACAUUUCUUAUAAGUAACAGGAAAUGGAUGGAUAGGGCUCCUUGUGACAUGAUUCUGUUACUCUUCCUCUGGAUUUUAACUAUUCAGGAAGUUUUAUCUAAUUAUCCAGUUUGGAGAUUAGGGUUUCUAGGCUCAGUGGUCACUCACACUUUGACACUGGCUAAAGUGGUGACUUCUCAGAGGCCACAUUCUCUUCCCAGGGGAGGAAAUGACAAUUUAGGAGCUAAUACACUCACAAACCAAAACCAAUCAACAGGUCCUUGGGUGAAAGGUGCUAUAUAAUUGUGAAGUAUUAAGCAUACCAUAUUUCAGUCAUGAAUAAAACAGUGCUUGCUCCAGGAGGAGGGGAGAUCCCAUGAAAUUAAAAAAAAAAACAGGUGACGGGCAGAUCAUUUCUUUAAAAAGUACCAAAAAUGGUUGGGGUACCUGGUCAGACUGUAUUUAAGCUGUUCGUGGCCACAGGAGCCUUUCUUUAUAGGACUUAGAAGUAUAUGCUAUUCCUGGUUCUGCAGGCAGCUCUCCACCCCAGAGCAGCUAUUUUUUAAGCCAUCUCAGAUUCUGCCUAUAUGGUCCUUUGUGGGAGACAUUGUCUUUAUUGCCUGUAGAAGAUCUGCCCGAGGAAGAAUCUGAGACAUCUUGCCUAUUUCCUUUUCUCUAGUUUCCUCCUCUCCCAUUUCUUCCAUGCCUUUCUUUCUUGAGGAGUUGUUAUGCCAUAAUUGCUGAUAUUUAUAUAAAGGGACUAUUUACUAAGUAUAUUUCUUUAUGCUUAUUCUGGUUAAGGGAAUGUUGAAGGCUGUAUUAUCUGGGCUGAGAGUAGAGAGAUCAACCGGAGAAGAAGCCAUGGAGUCGGGAAACUUUAAAUUAUGAUUUGAUUAUUAUGUGGCUAUAGAAGGCUGUAUUAUGAGCAAAAAACAUACCUACUUAUCAGAUAUGUCCAAAGAGAUGCUCUCAUUUUGUUAAAAAGUUCAAUUAUGACUGGAGUGAACCAUUUGUCUUUUACUUUAUUUUUUCUGUGACAUUUAUGUGUCAUGUAGUUUGCAUUGCAUUGGUGGGUUGUUCUAGUACUGUAUUUGGCUUCUUCAUUAAUAGAUUAUUUCAUAUACUAUAAUUGUAAAUAUUUUGAUACAAAUGUUUAUAACUCUAGGGAUAUAAAAACAGAUUCUGAUUCCCUUCA